ACAUACCUAACAUGUCUCUUGAUUUUUCUGAUUUGCAGAGAUGGACAGAAGGAUAACGCUGCAAAAAACAGCGUCUCCAAGGAGAAUUGGGACAGUGGCAUCUAAAAGAAAAGCCACUCAUGAUGAGGAGCCUCCCAGAAAAAAGGCCAGGGUCUCUGAAGCUGGACCUUCAACAGAAACCAGUGUCUCCACAGAGCCUGGACAAAGUUGCAACCAGGCCAAAAGAAUCAGAGGAGUGAAGAGAAAGAUGAGUGACGAUGGAGAACUACCAAGGCCAGUCAAGAAAAGGGGACAACUGGACCGCAUACUGGUUGAAGAGGCUGCUUCUUCAUCAACGGACAGUGAGAUGGACAGAGGGAUAAGGCGACAAAACACAGGGUCACCAGGGAGCAACAGGACAGUGGCGUCUAAAAGAAAAGCCACUCAUGAUGAGGAGACACCCAGAGAAAAGGCCAGGGUCUGUGAAGCUGGACCUUCCACAGAAACCAGGGUCUCCAAAAAAACGAGGGGAACCAAGAGAAAAAUGACUGACGGUGGAAAAGUACCACGGCCAGUCAAGAAGAAAAGGGGACAACUGGACCGCAUACUGGUUGAAGAGGCUGCUUCUUCCUCAACAGACAGUGGAUCCAGCAGCCAUGACAUCAAACAUUACCAACCUUCUGAAGGACACAAGAGAAAGAGAAUCCAGAAAAGGAAGGCUGUUAAUGUGGUGGAACCAACUAACAGGAAGAAGGCCCAAAAGACGGACAAACAAAAAAAUACCGUCAAAGCCCAAACAGUCGACUUUAAGAUCAAAUACGAGGAACAGGGUCCACUCGGAGCAGGAGGCUGUGGAGCAGUAUUUGCUGGUUAUCGGAGAGCCGACAACUUACCGGUGGCGAUCAAACACAUCCCCCAAAAAAAACAUUUACUGCAAACAUACGGAUGAGAAUGGAAGGCAGCUUUCUGCAGAGGUAGCGACCAUGUUAAAGCUCCAGACCAGUACAAGCAGGUCAGUGGGGAUGUCAGCUCCAGUUUCCUUGCUGGACUGGUAUGAGAGAAGAAGAGAACUCAUCAUCGUGAUGGAGCGACCAGUUCCUGCUGAGGACCUCCUUAAAUACAUAGAAAGAAACGGAGGUACCCUCAAGGAAGACGAGGCCAAGAUUAUACUAAAGCAGCUGCUUGAUGCUGCCAUGCACCUUCAGCGUGAAAGCAUCUUUCAUCGUGACAUCAAGACAGAAAACAUAUUGAUUGAAACCGGCUCCGAAUUCACAAGACUUCGCUUGAUCGACUUUGGAAUGAGCUGCAUGGAUAAAUAUGGAACCAGCUACUCUGAUUUUUAUGGCACCCCUCUUCACGUCCCUCCUGAAUUGUUGUUUCAGUUUACGUAUAGUGCUGAACCAACAACGGUUUGGCAGCUCGGAGUGGUCCUGUUCGAUGUUCUCCACAAACGAGCGUUCAGCUCCGUGAUGUUCCUCAUCAGAAAGAUUAGGAUCAGUUACCGUCUCUCUGAAGAUUGCAGAGAUUUACUGAAGAGAUGUUUGAACAUGUUCCCAGAAGAGCGUCCCACCCUGAAGGAGCUUCAACGUCACCCUUGCUUCACGUGAGCGAGAGGAUUAACAGUCCCAGGGCAGCGCCGAACCUUUCAUGACAUCACACACCUCAACAAAACGUCACACCAUCCCA